AGCUGAGUCGCGAUCUCUAUAGCCUGAUGACGGAAGUUCGAGUCUUCGCUAAGUUAACUGAGUUAGACUUUUAAAAUAUUUACUCUCAACAAGAAAGGAAUUAAUUUUAUGUCUUGGCUGUUCAUUACUGAAAGUUCUGGGGAAAGCGUGACUAUCUAAAGGACAUGGCACUCAAGACAUAAAGGUUAGUCAGCAUGUUCCUGACUGUGACCUGAUGCUGUUUUUCUCUGCUUCCUCUGCCAUGGAAGGGCAGAACUGUUCUCACACGGAGGGAACGCAGAUGGAUACCGGAAUGUUGGGUUUGGCCUCUUCUGCUAUGGAGAGUCCACUUUGCACACCAUGGACUUUCUCACAGGUGUCUUACCCGCAUUGGCCUGCCCAGUCUGGGAGUCAGCAACACUGUUCCAGCAGCACUUCAGAGAUGCACAUGGAAAUUUUCAACCAUUCCGCUUUUUCAGAUUUUCCUGAUAUGUUAGGUUUUUCCUGCGAUGAAGACAUCUUUCAGGACCUAUGUAUAGAUGAUCUGUCCAACAACUCGCUAUUCUCUUCUUCUGAUUCCCUGUCCCAUGUAGAAGACAGCUUGGCAACUGUGCCUACCAUAUGGGACAUCAAUACACCAGCACAGAUUCAGGAGCUGCAUUCCACCCGGUUUCAAGGUUUAAACAGUUUAGAAGAUAUCACAGCGAUAAUCAGCACACCGCCUUUGAGGAGCCUUCAGCAACCAGAGGAGGAAGAGGAAAUCGAGGAUGAGGAGACAGAAGAGUUAGGCCAUGUGGACACCUACGCUGACUACAAACCUUCAAAAUCCACUAUAGGAAACUCACACCCUGACCGUGUUGUGGAGACCAACACUCUUUCAAGCGUCCCUCCACCUGACAUCAGCUACACCCUCUCUAUUCCCAAUGCAAUCAUAGAUAGCAGUAUGCUCUCUGCCCUGCAGCUCGAGGCUAUCAUCUAUGCCUGCCAACAACACGAGGUGAUCCUACAGAACAAGCAGAGAGCCGGUUUUUUGAUAGGAGAUGGAGCUGGAGUGGGAAAAGGUCGCACAGUGGCCGGAAUCAUCCUUGAGAGCUACCUAAAGGGAAGAAGAAAAGCACUUUGGUUCAGUGUUUCAAAUGACCUCAAAUAUGAUGCUGAACGAGAUCUUCAGGACAUUGGUGCUCCUAAUAUUCUAGUACAUGCCUUAAAUAAGAUAAAGUAUGGGGACACCGCUACCUCAGAAGGGGUUCUGUUUGCUACCUACUCGGCCCUGAUCGGCGAGAGCCAGGCAGGAGGCCAGCACCGCACUAGACUCAAGCAGAUCCUUGAUUGGUGCGGACCUGACUUUGAUGGAGUUAUCGUGUUUGAUGAAUGCCAUAAGGCAAAAAAUGCCACGUCCACCAAAAUGGGUAAAGCUGUGCUGCAUCUACAGAACAAGCUUCCUCUGGCUAGGGUGGUCUACGCCAGUGCGACAGGUGCAUCUGAGCCAAAGAACAUGAUCUACAUGAGUCGUCUGGGUAUCUGGGGAGAAGGAACCCAGUUUAAAACCUUUGAUGACUUUCUCCACGCUAUAGAAAAGAGAGGUGUGGGUGCCAUGGAGAUUGUAGCAAUGGACAUGAAGGUGAGUGGGAUGUACAUUGCACGGCAACUGAGCUUCUCAGGGGUGUCCUUCCGCAUUGAAGAGAUCAGCUUGGACGACGACUUCACACUUGUUUACAACAAAGCUGCCAAACUGUGGGCAGAAGCCUUGGCUGUGUUCACUCAGGCAGCUGAUCUUCUUGGUAUGGUGUCCAGGAAGUCUCUGUGGGGUCAGUUUUGGUCUUCCCACCAGCGCUUUUUCAAAUACCUCUGCAUUGCCUCCAAGGUUCGCUGUUUGGUCGAACUGGCUAAGAAGGAGCUGGAAGCUGGCAAGUGUGUUGUGAUUGGUUUACAAUCCACGGGUGAAGCACGGACCCGAGAAGUUCUUGAUGAAAACGAGGGACACCUCGACAAAUUUGUUUCUGCUGCAGAGGGUGUGUUCCAGUCCCUGGUCCAAAAGCAUUUCCCUUCAGAGAAACAGAGAAGAGAAAAAGGAGCAACCAGCAAGAGGAAACGUAAAGCCAAAGGUCGGCACCCAAAGUGCUCCAAGCAGGGUGCGGAUGCCAAAAGCGUCAUUAACAUCAGCGAUGACAGCAGCACAGAGACUGAUGGAGUGGAGAGCGACUCCAACUCGUCUCCAGAUUCACUACAGGACAAUACUGAUGAUGUCAUCUUCAUUACACAAACCAACUGUCAUGCUGCACGUUUGGAGGAGAUGAAGCAAAGCCUUCUUAAUAAAAUCUCUGAGCUUGGAAAGGAACUACCUCUGAACACACUGGAUGAGCUCAUAGAUAAAUUUGGAGGUCCGGAAAAGGUUGCAGAGAUGACUGGACGGAAGGGCCGAGUGGUGCGCCGACCAGAUGGGAGCGUGCGCUACGAGUCCCGUGCUGAGCAGGGCCACACCAUUGACCACAUCAACAUUAAAGAAAAGGAUCGCUUCAUGAACGGAGAGAAGCUGGUGGCUAUAAUCUCUGAGGCAGCCAGUUCAGGCAUCUCUCUGCAGGCAGACAGACGGGUGAAGAACCAGUGUAGGCGAGUCCACAUGACCCUGGAGUUGCCCUGGAGUGCUGACCGGGCCAUUCAGCAGUUUGGUCGCACUCACCGCUCCAACCAAGUCACAGCACCGGAGUACAUCUUCCUGAUCUCUGAACUGGCCGGCGAAAGACGCUUCGCUUCUAUUGUGGCUAAGAGGCUGGAGAGUCUGGGAGCACUGACCCACGGGGACCGACGAGCAACUGAGUCUAGAGACUUGAGCAAGUACAAUUUUGAAAAUAAAUAUGGCAACAGGGCUUUAGAGAAGAUCACCAAGGCCAUUUUGGGUCAUAUAGAAAGUAAGGUGGCACCUCCCAAAGGCUAUCCAGGAGGUGAUGCCAUGUUCUUCAGAGACAUGAAGCAAGGUAUGAUGGAUGUCGGUAUUUUCUGCAAGGAGGCUCGCUUUGGCAUCAACUCUGAGAAAGACUGCACCAUUACAAAGUUCCUCAAUCGUAUUUUGGGUUUAGAAGUGCACAAGCAGAAUUCUUUAUUUCAGUACUUCAGUGACAAUUUUGACUACCUGAUUGAAAAGGACAAAAAGGAAGGCAAAUAUGAUAUGGGGAUCUUGGAUCUGGCUCCUGGUAAUGAUGAGAUCUCUAACGAGACUCAAGAAAAGUUUCAGACUCCAGGCAACCCACAGGAAGGCCAAGUAGUUCUCUAUAAGAUCAGUGUGGACAGAGGUAUGCCCUGGGAAGAGGCUCUCAAAAAGGCUCACACACUCAGCAAUCCUGAUGAAGGCUUCUACAUCUCAUACAAGCUAAGAGGGAGUCACCCAUGUGUUCUUCUGGCCGAACAGGGCAGAGGUCACAACAUGACCGUCUACAAGCCCAAUGUUGGCAAACAAAACCAACCAGAGAACCUGGACAACAUCCAAAAGAAGUACCGCAAGGUGACUCCAGAGGAGGCGAAGGAAAGCUGGGAGAAUCAGUUUGCUUUUUCCUUAAGUAAAUGUAGCCAUGCCAACUGGACCGGGAGGUGCAAAAAGGUUGACGAGGGCCAGGAAUGUUUGCAGGGUAUGCGCUUACGGCAGUACCAUGUCCUUUGCGGUGCUCUUCUGUGUGUGUGGAAGCGUGUAGCUGACGUGGUGGCAGACGUCACCAGCUCCAGCAUCCUGCAAAUAGUACGCCUCAAAACCAGGGAACACAAACAAGUGGGUAUUAAGGUCCCAGAGAACUGCGUGGCUCAAGUGCGAGAUGAGUUGGACCGUAUAGAUAAAGAGGUGAAAAGGAAGCGCCAGGAGAAAGAGCUCAAGGCUAGAGAGCAGCAGGUGGCUGAACAGCACCGGAGGAUGUUAGAAGAACGUCAUUCUGUGUUCUACUCCCAACCUCCCCAGCUCUCCAGCCUGACCAACCUGUCCAGCCUUUACAAUGAUAGCUUAUUUGCUUCUUUUCCAUCCCACUCCUCCAAAGAGGGCAUUCUGGACCUGAGGGUGCCCGGCUCUUCUCGCCUUUCUACACACAGCAUGGGAACAGACACGCUCUCUGCGCCUGUUUCAGAUUUCAGCAUGGAGACUUUCCCACAGCCGGAGCAGCAGCAGCAGCAGCAGAGUCACUCUGCUCUGAGAGAUUCCGCACGACAGGAAUUGUUGGACUUCCUCAACUCUGCACUUCCUUCUUCAUCAGACUCUUUACACACUGCCAUACCUAACACGACAAGCUACUUCUCCAACGCCAACAUCCAUCAUUCCUCCUCAUCAUCGUCCCUUUUCUCUCCCUCACUCACACCAUCGUCUUCUUCUUCUUCACUCUUUUCCUCCCUGUCGCCAUCAGACCAGCACCCAUUUGCAAACUGCAGCGAUGACACAGCCAUUAACGCCAAAGAGGUGCUGAGCAGUAUGCUAAGGAGUGGCACAGACUCCCGCCAGUCUGUCAUCCACUUCAGAGUACCAGAGUCAGAGCACCUGUCCUAAACACAGCCUAGUGUGAAACAGGCCUGUCGGGUUUGUUGCACAAUGAUACGCCAAGCUUAACAAAGCAGAUCGGCUGAGGGUUCAUGGUAUCUCAAGAAGUCGGACUCCAACGACAUGCCUGCACAUUCUACGUCUGUGUGAAAGGAUGUAGCUCUCCAUAUCAGGAGUAGCAUUCUAUGUGCUUAACACAAAAAGAAAGCAAAGUCGAUGACAGUGUGUAUUGUGUGUACCAACUCGUAUACUGUAUUAGAUGCUUUGUCAAAACAGUAUACCAUCUACCACCUAUAUCACAGAGGUGCCAAUAUCUACAGUUUUAGCCGCUGCGUUAAUGAUUUUCGACACUACGUGAGCCACCUGAAUUUUGAAUUUUUUUAUUUUUUUUUUAGAUAAGGCAAGUAUAUAGUUUAGAAAAGGAAAUUCACUGACAAAGAAAGGACACACGUUUGCUUCUGUCUAGCAGAUGCAUUGAUUUUGCAGCACGUCAACUUUAUAUACAUAGAAUUUUACUUGUGAAUUUACAAGAAUUUUAUGUGAACCAGUAGAGAGCAACAGGGUGAGACUCAUUUGUUUGGCAACAUUGGACACACUGAGUGUCUGCCUUGUGGUUUUUUAUUGAAAAAAAAAACAUUUUAAACAUUUUUGUGUGUGUGUGCGUGCAGUAAUUUAUUUUACUGUGUCUGCUAGGAUUUUCUUGUUGGCACCUCUGCUAUCACCUGUAGUGGUAUACAAUUUUGACUUCUCUUUACAGCCAGCCACACAAACUAACCAAGCUGCCAUUUUCUUGCCACUGUGAAUCUGCAUAAUCUCUCUGGUCAACCAUACUGUUGCAAAAAGGUUUUUGCAAAAUGCAAGUUGAGCAGAAACAAAAAUGAGGUACUCUGCAUGUUUGUGAUCAAGAGUGUUAGCUUCUGUUGCUUCGUUAUACAUUUCUUUUUCCUGAUGAACAACCAGAGUCCUCUAUUCCUCUGGCAUCCAAUAACAGCUCAGCACAAUCAUGACUGACAGGCAUGUCAACACAGUACUCCAGACAGAGGCGCUUGACUUGGUAUGGCACACUCUGUAGACAAAGCUUCAGGGUUAAUUAUAUGAAGACCACCAACCUGGUAUCUGCCAACAUUUAUUCGGAUUAGAUGCUAAAAUGUUCCCAUUUUUGUUUAAACAGAUAAAAAAAAUACCUAGGGUUUAAAAAUUCAAUCCAACCCAGAAAGUGUUAAAACCAGUUAUUUGAGUCACACUGCCCUCUACUGCCAUAUUUCUUUUACAUCUCUUUAGCUGAAACGUUUGUCAUGCUGAAACCAAAACUGGAGAAAUACAAACAGACGAGAACCACACCCAAACCUGCUCAAUAUGCGUCACAGCUUUCUGUCACAAUCAGCUCCUGCGAUUGCAGAGGGCAAAAUAAUAGACUACUGUUCAGCACAGUGCCUUCGGUUCGUACUAGGGAAUGUAGUCUUGUAAACAGACACCUGUACAGUAUAUAUUUGUAUACAGUGUGUUGACAUUUAUUUAUUGUUUUUAUUUAUCUGACCUCAUUACUGGACUGGUGAGAGAGUAGGGCAAACCCCACCGGUCCACCUGAAUGUCCUCAAACCUGCUUCUGUCUUUUUUAUGCACCAGAGUAAUUAAUCAAUCUGUGCUUCUGCUAUUAAUGAAUUAACGGAGUAGUGAUUCAGGGCUGAUACCAAAAUCUUCAGCUUCAGCUUUUAAUCUUGAAAUGUGAUUCUUGCUUUUAAUCGUUUGCUCUCAGGUAACGCAAAGAUUCUGUUCAACCCCACUGAUGGAUUUAGACCCAGGGCAGUUAAAAUGCACUCGCUGCGUGGAUAUAUUGGGUUUCACAGAACAAAAGCAAAGUACAAAAAUGUUUUGGGGUUUCAGCGAUUUAGCCAAACUGACCAAUAAGACUUGACCAAAAGCUGAACAGGAAUGCAGUAUACAAAGAUGUAUAAAUAUUAUAUAGUCUGGGUAAUCAGAUCAUCUCUUGCAGUAUCUCUCAUUUUAUUUAUAUUGACUUAUCUUUUGUUCAAAAAGGGAUCUAGUUUUUGUUUUAUGUUAAUUAAUGUAAUUUGAGCAAAAGACAAAGAAUUAUUUCAAAACCCAAAGAAAGAAAAGUAGAGGUGGGUGAUGUGGUAAAAAUAUCACAAUUCUUGAUACACAAUACACUAUGUAUAGGUUUGCUGGAACAAAAUUAUGUUAUUCUUACAGCUCCAGGGUCGAGCCAGAGCUCGGGUUACUCUGUGUUGAGUUUCUGCACAUGUUCAUCUCAUGUCAGAGUUUUCCUGGGUUCUCCGGUUUCCCCUCACCUCCCAAAAACUUGGUGUGAAUUGAUGUGUGAAUGUGUCUGUGUGUGGAUUUCCCGUAAGAGCCACUGUGACCCUAACUGGGAUAAAGCACUAACUCAAGAUGAAUUAUAUUUAAUACAAAAAUGUAUUAUUCAACACAGGAAGGAGGGAUAAUAAUAAUAAUAAUAAUAAUAAUAAUUAUUAUUAUUAUUAUUAUUAAUAUUGUUGUUUUUUAAAAUUAUUAUUAUUAUUAUACACUAAGCAAAAUUUUUCUGAGUAAAGAAUUUAUGUAAAAAAUAGCACUAGCAAGCCUGUGACAUCCCAAGCUUUAAAAUGAAGUGUAUUUGUGAAAUAAUUUAUCAUUAUUUUGCUAUUUUAGCUAUAUCACCCAGCCCUAAGUCAUUUGCACCAUACUCUUGCACUGUUAUUUCUGUACGAGAUUAUUAUAUUGUUAAUCACAUUAUUGUUCUUAACAAUUAUAUGCUAUGAUGAUUAAUAUAUUGUUUUUUUAUUAAUUGUUUUAUCAAAUUAUAUUUAAACUUGAAUCCCUAAUCAGAAGUCAGGAACAAAGCUUUAGCCCUUUUCCAGAAUGAGCUCUGACCAACCUGUGUAUCAUGGUGUGAUCAAACUGUUAAUAUCAGUAAUUGCUGAUUGAGGCCUUUUUUUAAACAUCAUGUUAUAGUACAUAAUAGUACAUGCUCUACAACAUCAUGUUGUAGAGCAUCUGACCAGAUCCUUUAUCUCAGGAGGAAAUGUAAGUGAUGUUGUUUGAUGUUUUUUUUUUUUUUUUUUUUAAUCCUGGUUAAAAACGAAUACAUGCCCAGCAUGCAAAUUUUCAUGCAGCACAUGGAAGGUUGUUUAUUUAUCAUAGUGCAUAUGCCAAACUACCUAAUUAGAUCAGAUAUUAUUUAUUAAAAAAACAUUGUUUCUGCUGAUAAAUUAUGUUCAGGUUUGGACCCAUGCUGUGUAUUUGCUUUUAUGUUUUCCACAUGCAGGAGACCGUAUUGUUUUCUUUAUCAUGAGAAACACUCACAUCCCAUUUUUCAUGCAUAUUAAAGAAUAUACUAAACAAAAUGGAUAUGAUUCCAAAACUGUGCACCUUUGUUUGCUUUUUGUUUCCCAGCAUAUGGAUAAAAAUUAAACCCCAAUCAGACUGAUUUUCCUGCUCAAUUAAUAUCCUUCAAUCCUCCAUUUUAUAGUGUUUAGGAUAAGUUCAAUAUUUUUGCCUUUAAAAAAAAGUGCUGGACACAAAGAAACAAACAUAUUGUGUAUUUGCAAUAUUAUAAAAGAAUAUGUGUGAAUCUCUUGUUUUACUUUUCAUGAAUUCUAACUGGGGCUUUAAUACUACAUGCUGUUAGACACACAUCAUGAUCUUGUACCCCGCAUCAGCUUCCCCGGCUGGAUAAACUUUGAUAGUAAUUUCUUUUAUGUAAAAUUUGCACUAAAAUAAUUUUUGUUUUUUUCCCCUUAAGUCCAUGUAUUACGAAAGUUUAGCAUCUUCUGUAAUAUCCCUUAAUAAUUUAUUGUCAAUGCAAAGAGAUAAAACUGUGCUACUGAAAUGAUGUAUCUGGGGUUUGUCCUUGUAUUUCUGCCGAUGCUUUGCUUUAUGUAUUUACUGUAGAUCUGAUGUUGAGAUGUACAUACUGCAAAACAAUGUGUGCCUUUCAGCUAUUUCUUAAAAAUGUUUUCUAUGUAUAGAAAAAUUAAUAUAAGUGCAGCAGUGCGAUGUUUGUUGACUAAACAAUAAACAAAGUGAAUACAAAAUGAAUGAAUUGAUGAAUGAAUGA